CAAAAUAGUAAUUUCUAUUAGCUUUCCUAGUAAAUCUGUUUCAAUUAAAUAUUCAAAAUGUAUCUCUUUAGUUUUUUAAGUUUGUAGAUAGUUGUACAUACCUGUUCAAAGAAUAAAAAAUAAAAACAUCUUAAUUCUAAAUUUUGCAUUGAAAGAUUUUUUUCUAAAGUUGAGUGUGAUGUGUGAUUUGAAAGAAGCAAACAUAAAAUGUAAAACACUAUUUUAUUUGUACAGGAAAUGCUACUAUGCUUAUAUUACUAUAGCAACCAUAAUUUGAUUGAUCAUUUGAACAAUUUUGAAAUGGAUGGAUUACAAAAACCACAAAUAAUUUGUCAUAAUCAGAAAUCUCUUGAUUAUGCCGUACAUGAUGUAAAGUGGAUACCGUGUUCAGCAAAAUUUGUUGCUCUUGGAGGGAAAUCUAAUGGUGCUGGAAUUGUUGAAAUAUAUUGUCUUACAGGAGAUGGUAUAGAGAAAAAAAGUGAAUUUUGUAAAAAAGAACAUUUUAAAUGUGGUACAUUCGAUGCCUCCAGUUUAAGAAACAGAUAUUUAGCUACAGGAGAUUUUGCUGGCCGAUUGCAAGUCUGGGAUUUAGAAGACACUUUGGUACCUGUCUACAUAUCUACAGCACAUAAAGCUGUAAUAAAUUCUAUUGACGGUGUUUCUGGGACCAACUCAGGAUGUGGGGCACCUGAAAUUGUUACAGGAUCUAGAGAUGGUUCUGUGAUGGUUUGGGAUGUAAGGCAAAAAGAUGCCCCAGUUGCAAAAUUUUUGCCAACAGAAGGAACAACAGCUAGAGAUUGUUGGUGUGUAGCGUUUGGUAAUUCAUACAACAAUGAAGAGAGAGUCAUAGCAGCUGGAUAUGAUAACGGAGAUAUAAAAAUGUAUGACCUAAAAAACAUGUCACUGCUUUGGUCUAAAUGUGUCAAAAACGGGGUAGUCGGGCUCCAAUUUGAUAGAAAAAACAUACAAAUGAAUAAACUUGUUGCUACUACAUUAGAGUCAAAAUUAUAUUGUUUUGACGUGAGAACCUUGCAUCCCAAGAAAGGCUUUGCUCAUCUAACAGAGAAGGCUCAUGAUUCGACAAUAUGGACGGCCAAGCAUUUACCACAAAAUAGAGAGAUAUUUAUGACAACUGGUGGAUCUGGCACACUAUGUUUGUGGAAAUAUAACUAUCCUAAUAAGAGAGUGGAAAAAGAUUCAGAUGGUGUCCCAUAUGGUAUUAUAGGAGAUCUCUCAUUAUUACAAAACAGUACACUUUCAGACCAGCCAAUAACAUCGUUUGAUUGGUGUGUUGAUAAAAUUGGAUUAGCCGUUUGCUCAGCUUUCGACCAAACAGUUCGAGUACUUAUAACUACUAAACUUAAUUUAUACUAAUAUAAUCAUGUAAUUUCUAAUACCUACUAAUUUAAUUUUCCAGUUUAUUUAAAUUAAAUUCAAUUAGUAAAUUAUUUUUACUUUAGUUAAAUAUGUUGUCCCAAAAUGGCAGGUUGAUUGUGGUUUUUUAUCAAUAUGAAGGAACUUUAAUUGCAGGGG